AUGGAGCAAGAUCCCGACUCACCAUCCACCUUCUGGUUCCAACCACCAAACACCGCCAAUCGCCGUCGUGGAUCACCAUCGUCUCCGAUCAUUGACCCUGUUGUUCUCAUCAUCGUUAUCCCAAUACUCGCCCUACUUUUUCUCUUCUUCUUCCUCCCUCCAUUUCUAUCUCAUACUUCUCAUAUUCUUAAACCAGGUUCUGUAAAAUCUACCUGGGAUUCACUCAACAUUUUUCUAGUACUUUUCGCGAUUCUUUGCGGAGUUUUGGCUCGAAGAAACGAUGACGUUUCGACCUCCGGGGACGUCGCCGAUCAAACGAACGGUUUUGUAACCGGUCCUAGUGGUGGUAGUGGUGUUCAGUCGUCGGAUCAAAUAUGGGGUGGAUUUUCCGAUCGGAAGAUGGUGUCGAGUGGAUUGAGAAGAAGUAGCAGUUCGUAUCCGGAUUUGAGGCAGGAAUCGUUGUGGAACAACGGCGAGAAUCGGAAUCGGUUUUUUGAUGAUUUUGACGUCGAUAUGUAUUCUUCGCCGGUGUCUAGGUAUUACAGCAGCGUUUCACGGCGGAUCGAUAGAGAAAGGGAUAAUUUAUAUCGAUCGACGCCGGGUUCCGGUGAUAUCGGCCAUGGAUCACGGCGGAGUGAAGCAGAUCAGGGAGAAUUUUCUGAUGUGAAGGAGAUUGGCGUGGAUACUUUCGAGGUUACUCCAAAUGCUCCGGAUAAUCGGGAACAGCGUCGAUUGGUGGAACCGGCGACAGUUCCGCCACCGCCGCCUCCUCCUCCGUCUUCAGCUCUAUCCCCAAAUUCGAGGAAACAUUCAUUCCGAAGUGUUGGACGGAACGUAAAGAUCGACGUUUCGAGGAAAAUUGAAUCCCGUGAGUUGGAUAAAACGAGAUCCAAUCCUCCUCCACCACCACCACCGCCUCCGCCACCUCCACCACCGCCUCCGCCACCGAUGGAGGUUAGGGUGCAUCGAUCACAUCAUAAACAUAAGAAACUUGAGCGGAAAGUAAGUGAUGCUACCAAGGAGAUAGCUACAGCCAUAUCUUCUUUGUAUAAUCAGAGAAAAAGGAAGAACAAACGGAAGUUGAGAAAUAUUUCCGGCAGUUCUGGUUCAUCUCCACCAUCUUUACAUUCCGUUCGAUCACCGGAUGUACAAGAACAACAGCAAUCGUUUACGCCACCACCGCCUCCGCCUCCGCCACCACCUCCACCUCCGCCUCCUUCAAUGUUCCAAAAUCUGUUCAAAAAAGGAGGUAAACAUAAGAGAAUUCACUCCGUUCCUGCUACAAUUUCACCAGGAGUUCCUCCACUUCCACCACCUCCGCCGCCAAGCUCAAUUUUCAACAACUUAUUCAAAUCCGGCAACAAAAGCAAGCGUUUUCACUCACCAUCCACCGCUCCUCCACCACCACCGCCGCCACCUCCGCCGAUGACACCACCGAGAUAUACCGUUCCUGCGAAAUCAAAACAAUUAUCUAAGCGUCAAACUCAAGCUCAAACUCAAUCUCAAUCUCCACCUCCACCAUCUCCACCGAAAUCGGAGCCUCACCGUCGCCAUUCUACGAGCAAAGGUAAACCGCCUCUACCAACAAAAGCAAGCAGUUACUACGACAGGGACGAUUUUCUACCGAGCGGCUCACAAUCUCCAUUGAUUCCAAUGCCGCCACCUCCACCGCCGUUUAGGAUGCCGGCGAUGAGAUUCGAGCUCCGAGGAGAUUUUGUUAGCAUACGGAGCACCAACAGUUCCGUCUGUAGUUCACCGGACCGUGAAGACGUUGAUCUCUCGUCAACUAUAAUCGACGGUGGAGAUUCAAUUGGGCCCAGAUUCGGGUCCGGGUCUGAGCCCAAAUUUUUCCCAAGCCCAGACGUCAACGCCAAGGCUGAUAGUUUCAUAUCAAGGCUUAAAGAUGAAUGGAGAAUGGAAAAGAUAAAUUCAAAAGCCCAUUAA